AUGAGUUUUUCAAGUUCUGCUAUUGCUUUCUAUAAGCUGAAUUCAUUGGCUAAAAUUCCAAGACGUUCAACGGUAAACGCUGCUGGAUGGGACUUAUACGCAAUCGAAUCAAAAAAAAUCGAACCCUGGUCUAGAGAGCUGAUUGGUACUGGACUCGCAUUCGAUAUGCCAAAAGGUGUUUAUGGUAGAAUCGCUUCUAGAAGUUCAUUUGCCUUGCGAGGUCUGGAUGUCGGAGCUGGUGUUAUUGAUCCUGAUUUCCAUGGGGAAGUCAAAGUUUUGAUCAUCAAUAAUAACAAUGUUGUUCAAACAAUAAAUCAGGGUGAGAGAUUCUCACAAAUAAUUUUCGAACCUUACCAUGAACCUAAAGAGGUUUUAAUAUUCAAACAUUUUAAAAAUGUUGAAUCUCAUUGUGAUAUUCCACUAACUGUUAAAAGAACAAAGACGGAUUCUGAUUCCAAAGAAGGUGAUGAUGAAGAAAACGUUUUAAAAACAGUUGAGAAAAUCACAGUGCACAUGGCUAAACCAUCUGAUGGAGUAUCCAAAUUUUACUUCUAUUCAGACCGAGAUCUUUUCAUUGAACCUAAUGAAAGAGUUGUUUAUUCAACUAAAAUUGGAUUGUCUAUGCCUGAUGGUAUAUAUGCUCAUCUGAUUGGAUCAAAAUUACUCGCUGACUAUGGCGUUGAUGUUAUUGAUACAAUAAUCAAAAAAAAUUCUACCAAGGAAAUCAAUAUUAUAUUCCAUAAUCGCAAUAAUCAUGUAUACACCAUUGUUGAAGGAAUACCAAUCGCUCAGGUUCAUUUCAAAUCUUAUUCAAGUCAAUUGGAUGAAACAGAUGAAAUGCCAGCUGGAACUUCACGAGAUGCUUCUGGAUUUGGCUCUACCGGUCGUAAUUAG